UCCCACAACCAUGAGAUCAUGACCUGAGCUCAAAUCAAGAGUCGGGCAUUCAACCAACCAAGCCACCCAGGCACCACUCUAAGUACUUGUCUUUAUAUUAGGUAUAUGGGAUAAAGAUCAAUGUUCUAUUCUCAAAAGGCUUAUAGAAUAGUAGGGAAGACAGCUCAAAGCAUUAACCAUAAAACGUGGCUAAUAUCAUGAUAGUAUGUGAUGGCUGAAGUGAUGACCAGAGUAUCAUCUUUGCUUCUCUGGUGCUGUCAAGGCUGUGGGCAAGGUCAUCCCUGAGCUAAAUGGGAAGCCCACUGGUAUGGCCUUCCGGGCCCCCACACCCAGUGUGUCAGUCAUGGAUCUGGCCUGCUGCCUGGAGAAAGCUACCAAAUACAAUGACAUCAAGAAAGUGGUGAAGCAGGCACUGGAGGGCCCCUUCAAGGGCAUCCUGGGCUUCACUGAAGACCAGGUUGUCUCCUGCAACUUUAACAGUGACACCCAUUCUUCCACCUUCAUUGCUCGUCUGGCAUUGCCCUCAGUGACUACUUUUUCAAGCUCGUUUUCUGGUAAGAUAAUGAAUUUGGCUAGAGCAACAGGGUGGCAGACCUUAAGGUCGACAUGGCCUUCAAAGAAUAAGAGACUCCUGGACCACCAGCCCCAGCAAGAGAACAAGGGGAAGACAAAGGUCCUCAAUUGGUGGAAAGUCCUUGCCCCAACUCCUCUUCCAACACACUGUGAAUCUCCCAGCCUCCACGCAGUUUCUAUCCACAGUUUCUAAAGGGGAGGGGCUUAGAGGGCCCUAACUUGUCAUGCAUCAUCAAUAAAGUGCACUGUGCCUAGCCAAAAAAUAAAAGUAUAUAUUGAUGGUAUGGCUUUCCCAUUCAGCUACCAGAGGACAUGGCCUGAAAAAAAAAAUUGAAUACUUUAACCUUUGCCAUCAAGAUAUGGAGUCUUACUUAAGCUAAAUUGAUUUUUUUUUUUACUGAAGAAAUAAAAACAGAAUGUGAAUGAUUUUGUAGUGCCUACUUCCUGUCGUAUGCUACACACUGCAAUACUGUACCUUAGAUUGUGUAUUUUAAUUUUAUGUGACCAAACCCAUCUCAGUGAUGAAUCCUAAGAUAACUCAAAUAGCUUUUUCUUAUGUGAAUUAUUAACCAAAGGUUAUCUAGUUUUCUUCCUGACAUCACCUGCGAAACCUGUUCAUUGAAAAACCAGGAGUAUAUUUGAACAUUUUGAAUUAAAACAGAAGUUUAAUAUUUUCUUCAUACCAAAUGCAAAUGAGUAGUCUUUCAAUUUGUGGUCCUGAUUUUAAUACAAAGAAAAAAUUAAGUUUGAAGAUAAUUCUAACACCUAUGAUGGGUUCUCUAAGUUACGGGUAUGUGUGGAGGAGUAGAGAGUGGGAAAUCUACAAAGAUGAGUAAGAUUCAUUCUUAAAGGUACAGCAAAGCAGUAAGCACUUAGACACUAAAAUCAUGCCAAGAAUUUAGUCAUUUGACUAUACCUACAUUUGUUUCAUAUUCAUUAUGUCUCAGGGUUUCAAGGAUGUCCCAACAAUGGUUUU